AUGGGUGUCCGAGCAGGUGUAGUCGUUUGUGUCACCAGUUUCCUGCUGGGUGCUCUCUUCACCCACUGGAUUGCGGACUCGCUCACCCUGUGGAAGUCCCCCGUCACAGAUGAGCACUUGUGGACCGCAGCAUCUUACUACUCUAUUCUCGCAAAGGGUCCACCAGAGACCCUCUACUUCCUCGCAGCCAUCACAACGCUUGGAGGUACAACCCUGCUGUGGAGUCUCAACGAUCUCCGUGCCGAAAACAUCAUGUUCGAUGGAGGCAGCAUAUUCCUAUUUGCAACGACCGUUUACAUUUACCUGAACACCGUUCUUCCAAGCAUCUUUGCCAACUUCAGUACUAUCCCUAUGCAUCAGAUUAAAGACGCUGUCCCCCAAGCCCUCCGCACCGCGACACUCGACCUCGCCUCUAACCACCUCAUCUGCAGUGUUGCGCUGACAGGUGUCUUGGCAUUGCAAGCUGGCAGACUAUGGGCCGAAACUUCAGGCGACGACGAUGACGACUAUGUUAUGGUCGAACCUGUGAGCGACACCUCAUCCAACACUACCAAGUCGAACGCCAUUUCAAGAGCUGCAAGUAAAGGCCCGGAAUCUCGCUCGGACGAGUCGCAUGAGGUCAAGCUGCCCUCGGUCACGUCUCUUCGCGUUGACCCCAUCCCUACUUGA